GAGCGGAGGCGGGUUCUUUUUCCGUCGCCAGGCGUCAUGUUGUCGAGGAACCAGCUUGAGAUUUUCCGGAUGGUACUGUAUCUGACCUUCCCUGUUGGUAUAUUCUGGAUAGCAAAUCAGACAGAAUUUUUUGAAAAAUAUGCAAUUGCAGGCAAGAUCUUUCAACCUCUAACUGAAGAACAGAGAAAAGACCUAGAAGGCUUUAGAAAAAGGAUGCAGGAGUUGAAUGAGAAGAAGCUGCUGGAGGCAACUAAAAAAUAAUGGAGUGGCGUUCUCCUCCUUAUAGUUUGAUGCAUUCUUAAGAAGAUUGCCAUCAAAGCAUGCCUUUUCCCUUUAAUUCCAAAAGACUUUUGGCAAUGAAAUGAAAGGGUUUGUAUUUCACAAUAAAAUUCUAUGUAUGUCUAAGACACUUUGGGGAUGAGAAUGAGGAAAAAUUGAUUUAAUUACUUCAGUUGUGAUCAAUCUCUUGCAAUGUAUAAUCAUUAAAAUUGGUCACUGACUUGGCAA